CUCUCUUUCACUGUAAGUUCUACACCUGUUGUAUUCGGCGCAUGUGAUAAAUACACUUUGAUUUGAUCUUAUUUUCGUGGCCAGAUUUUGGGCGGAGUAAAACCUCUCACUUUGCCUCUUGCUCUCUGCACUCACGCAUGUGCAUCAGAAUUGUACGUCUUCUAGAUUCUAUCAAAAGCUUCCGAAAGCGACGUGGCUUUUCUUAGCUACGUCGGUGCCUAGCUACUUCAUCUAUUUAUUCUCAGAGAUAUUCGUUUGGACACGUUCAUAUAGUAACAUAGCUAGCCGAACCAUCAUGGACCAGGUUAUGCAGUUCGUUGAGCCCAGCCGGCAGUUCGUCAAGGACUCCAUAAGGCUCGUUAAGAGGUGCACAAAACCAGACAGGAAAGAAUUCCAGAAGAUCGCCAUGGCAACGGCGAUUGGGUUUGCCAUUAUGGGCUUCAUUGGGUUCUUUGUCAAGCUCAUCCACAUCCCCAUCAACAACAUCAUUGUGGGCGGCUGAACAUCUGGAGGUGUGAUACAACUACGACUACAGAACUACAAUACCCAGUGACCUGAGACAGUGGGGCAACAUGGGAUAGUGGUGGGGGGGUGAAGGGAUGUGAUUUUUGUUUUUACAUUGCACUGUGUUAAUAAAUUAAAGAAAAAUC